CUUGAUUUUUUGGGGUGGGAUGUUCUCCUGGAGCUGACUCGCUUUUCUCUCCUAGACUUUCGUUUCUACCAUCGACCAUCUCCCUGGACAAGGUGUGUUUUGGUCCUCCCGGGCUCCGGUCAUAGCUCCUUGAGCAUACCCCCUCUCUGAGCGGUCGCAAUAUGUUGCGCCGCCGCACGGGCAAAGACGACGCCCCUUCUCACGACGCCCCCUCUCACGACGACAACGACAACAAGGACCGGCCCCGGCUGGACCGGAUUCAAACUGAAGAGGAAAAGCUUCGCGCUGAAUUUGAUGGUGCAAAAGUGAAGCAGUUGGUCAUCCGACCGCGGAGCAAACGUCGCAAUGGAUUCAUCUUCGUGCUGGGUGGCCUGUUCGGCAUAUUUAUUGCCCUGUUCUUUGCGAACCAGCAGGAGGUCAUUUCUUUGGACUCGCUGAUGGACUUGAACCUCGAAUCUUUGAUUGAUGUCAUACCCCAAGGAAUUGUGCGUGAUGCAAAGGCGUUCUCGCAACACGAACGCGAAGCCGUUAGCUAUGAUUCAUUCUCCGUCGGUCUACAACUCCAAGCUCAAGGAGUCGAAGCGAAACACCCCGUUGUGAUGAUCCCGGGCGUCAUCUCGACUGGUCUUGAAAGCUGGGGAACGGGCGUCAGUUCACGCCAAUAUUUCCGCCGUCGACUAUGGGGCAGCUGGAGCAUGAUGCGGGCACUGGUGAUGGACAAGGCAGAAUGGAAGAACCAUAUCAUGCUCGAUCGUGAAACGGGUCUCGAUCCGCCCGGUAUCAAGCUACGGGCUGCGCAGGGAUUCGACGCUACAGACUUCUUUAUCACGGGAUACUGGAUUUGGAAUAAGAUUCUCGAAAACCUGGCAACUAUCGGCUAUGACCCGACCAAUGCGUUUACUGCCGCCUACGACUGGCGCCUAGCGUAUCCCAACCUCGAAGUUCGUGACAAGUACUUCAGCCGGCUGAAAUCUUAUAUUGAAACUGCGGUGGAAGGGCAGGGCGAAAAGAUUACCCUGGCAUCGCACAGUAUGGGCUCACAGGUUGUGAUGUACUUUUUCAAGUGGGUGGAAAGCGAAGACCACGGCAAGGGUGGCAAGGACUGGGUCAACAAACACAUUGACUCGUGGGUCAACAUCAGUGGAUGCAUGCUCGGCGCGGUCAAAGGACUGACCGCCGUGCUGUCCGGCGAGAUGCGCGAUACAGCACAACUGAAUGCCUUCGCCGUCUAUGGCCUGGAGAAGUUCCUGUCCAAGGAAGAGCGUGCAGAGAUCUUCCGAGCCAUGCCCGGCAUUUCCAGCAUGCUGCCCAAGGGCGGCGAAGCCGUCUGGGGCAACGCAACCUGGGCCCCGGACGACCAGCCCGGACAAGAGAUUAGCUUCGGCAAUUUGCUCAAUUUCCGUGAGACCAAUUCCUCCUGGACACGCCGCAACCUUACAACGUCCGAGAGUCUGCAGUACCUGUUGGAUCAGAGCGAGGAUUGGUACCGCAAGCAGGUGUUGGGCAGUUACUCGCACGGUGUAGCCCAUACCACGCGUGAAGUUGAAGCGAACGAGAAAGACCCGCGGACAUGGCUGAACCCACUCGAGGCCCGGUUACCCUAUGCACCGGAUAUGAAGAUCUACUGCUUUUAUGGCGUUGGAAAGCCUACGGAGCGGAGCUACUUCUACCAGGAAGAGCUUGAUCCUCUAGUCAACCUUAAUGUUAGCAUCGAUACUACCGUCACCACCAACGGGAAUAUCGAUCACGGCGUCAUGAUGGGCGAAGGUGACGGAACUGUCAAUUUGCUUAGCACGGGCUACAUGUGUGCCAAGGGAUGGCGCAUGAAGCGGUAUAACCCCGCGGGAUCGAAGAUCAAGGUCUUUGAGAUGCCCCAUGAACCGGACCGUUUCUCACCUCGAGGCGGACCAAACACAGGUGAUCAUGUUGAUAUCCUCGGCCGCGCCUCCCUAAACGACCUUAUCCUCCGCGUGGCCGGCGGAAAAGGCGACGAGAUCGAAGAGACAUUCGUCUCGAAUAUCCGCGAGUAUGCAGAUCGUGUACAGAUUUUUGAUGAUGAAUAAGGAACGACUACUAGUAAUAUAGAGAUUUGAUGAAAUUUAACAAAGGACUUCACAG